UUUUCCUUUGUGAUAGAGAAUACUGGUCAAUUAUUUAUGCUGGAAAUUUGUACGGCAGUCAUAAAAAAAUAAAAAUAAAAAAAUAAGAGAGAUAUUUUGGGGUUAAUCCAAUCGUAUUCAUUACCUCCAUCAGUCUUCUCCUUUCCAUUACAUUCCCUUGACAGUUUUCACCUGAAACUUGAGAGGGAAUGUUUUGUGUCCCCCACAUAACCUGCAAGAUGCAGCAUCAGAAGAAGAUGAUCAGGUGCUUGCUUUUCAUUUCUUUGUUGAUCCAUUCAACUUUAGGGAAGAAAUCUGCAGUGGCUCCACCAUCACAGAAAUGGCUGACAUUAAAUGGUAAACAGCCACUUGUAAUAGCCCGAGGCGGGUUCUCGGGGCUGUUUCCUGAGUCGAGCUCAUUUGCGAAUCAAAUGGCACAGUCUUUGAGUCUGCAAGAUACAGCUUUGUUCUGCAAUCUGCAACUAACAAAAGAUGGCAUUGGUAUAUGCCUCUCUGAUAUUAGGCUUGAUAAUUCAACCAAUAUAGCACUUGUAUAUCCAAAGGGGCAAAAGACCUACGAUGUAAAUGGAAAGCAAGUUCAUGGGUGGUUUGCUCUGGAUUACACAAUCGAUCAGCUAUUCAACAAUGUAUCAUUGACCCAGGGAAUACUCUCUCGACCAAGUUUGUUCGAUUUACAGUCACCUAUAUCCACCAUUGAAGAUGUAACAGGCAUUAAGCCAGCCCAAUUUUGGUUGAAUGUUCAGUAUGAUUCAUUCUACAACCAACACAAACACAGCCCGGCAUCAUUCGUUGAAAAGGCAAUGAGACUUAUGGGUAUCAAUUACCUUUCAUCUCCUGAGAUCGGUUUCUUGAAGAGCAUGAAUGGGAAAGUGAACAAAGCCAAGACAAAGCUCAUCCUCCAGGUCCUCACUGCGGAUGAGAUUGAACCCACAACCAAUAAAAACUACGGUUCCCUGCUGCAGGAUCUUGCAUCAAUCAAGUCAUUUGCAUCUGGAAUCCUUGUCCCCAAAGAAUACAUAUGGCCAGUACAGGCAAACAAAUAUUUGGGGGAAGCUCCUACUAGCCUAGUAGCUGAUGCUCACAAACAAGGACUAGAAGUAUAUGCUUCUGGUUUUGCAAAUGAUCUUCUUGGAAGCUAUAAUUAUAGUUAUGAUCCUACAAACGAAUACCUUCAGUUUGUUGAUAAUUCCGAGUUCUCUGUUGAUGGGGUGCUUACAGACUUCUCUCCUACAGCAUCAGAAGCCAUUGGAUGCUUUGCAAAUAACAAGAACGUCAGCAAGCCCGUCAAAGGGAAAGCUUUAAUUAUCACCAAAAAUGGAGCAAGUGGGAUUUAUCCUGGCUGCACUGAUCUUGCUUAUCAGCAAGCAGUAAAUGAUGGUGCAGACAUAAUAGACUGCUCAGUUCAGAUGUCAAAAGAUGGAGUGGCCUUCUGCUCGGAUACAGCUGACCUCAUCGGAGAUACAACUGCAAUGACUACUUUCAUUUCUAGGUCUAUCACUGUACCAGAAAUUCAAUCCAAGGCCGGAGUCUUUUCAUUCGAUCUUACAUGGAGCGAGAUUCAAACCUUGAAGCCACAAAUCACGAGUGUGUACCAGGACUUCCAGAGAAACCCAGCAUACAAGAAUGCUGGUAAGUUUACUACCCUUCCCGAAUUUCUGGAGUUAGCUAAAGCAAAGGCAGUUUCUGGAGUUUUGAUCAAUAUUCAGAAUGCUGCCUACCUAGCAUCAAAGAAGGGGCUUGACAUUGUCGGUGCUGUUAACACUGCCUUGAGCAAUGCCACCUUCGACAAGCAAUCCACUCAGCAAGUCUUGAUACAAUCCGAUGACACUUCAGUGUUGUCCAAGUUUAUGAAUGUCCCAACCUACAAAAGAGUACUGUUGAUUGAAGAGAAGAUAGGUGAUGCACCAAAACAGCCAGUGGAGGAAAUCAAGAAGUUUGCUGAUGCAGUUGCCAUCACAAGGUCAUCCAUCAUUCAGAUUAAUGAUUUCUUCACCACGGCUAUGACAAAUGUUGUUGCGGAAUUUCAGAAAGCCAAUGUCUCGGUGUAUGUCUACGUCCUUAGGAACGAGUACAUCACACUGGCAUUUGACUAUUUCUCAGACCCUAUUAUGGAGAUUGCUACUUUUGUUGAUGGAGUUGGAGUCGACGGGAUCAUAACUGAAUAUCCAGGAACUGCAAGCAAGUACAUCAGGAGCCCAUGUACCAAUACAGAUAAACCCCAAUACAACAUCUUACCAGCUCAAGCAGGUUCUCUACUUUCCUUGGUUCCUCCUGAAGUACAGCCACCAGCAGCAGCCCCUCUUCCGCCCCUCGAGGCCUCAGACGUUGUGGACCCACCUCUUCCUCCUGUGGCCAAAGACACUGCUGCUGCUACUCCUGCUCCUGCAACACCUACUGUAGCACCUUCAAGUGCACCAGCAAAUGUUACCAGCGUGUGUCUCUCUCUGGUCUCAAUCGUGGUCCUUGCUUUGUUUAUGGGAUACUAA